AUGAGCACACUGUACGGCAGAAUUUUACGUGAUCUCAUUGAGGAAAACUAUAAAGAGAAAGAGGAAGAAGGACAAUGUGGUUUCAGAGCAGGAAGAUCAUGUACUGAUAAUGUGUUUACCCUAAAACAAGUUAUAGAAAAGAGAAGUGCCAGGAACUUGGAAACGCACCUAACAUUUGUUGACUUACAAAAAGCAUACGACCCAGUCCCAUUUGCAGACGACCAAGUCAUAGUAGCCAAUGAUAAAGAUGAUAUGCAAUAUAUGAUUCAAAAACUAAUAGAGGAGUAUAAAGAAUGGGGCUUGAUAGUCAACAUAGCAAAGACAAAGUAUCUAUGUGUGGGAACUCACUCACUCGAAAAUUUGGAAUUAGGCAAUGGCCAAGAAAUCCUUCAAUGUCAGGAAUAUGAAUAUCUGGGCAUCACAUUCGACAACACUGGAACAGAUGCAAAAGAAAUAGAAAAACGAAUAGUCAAAGCCAAAAAAGUAAUAGGAGCUCUGAAUGGUAUCCUAUGGAGCAAAGAAAUAUCCAAGAAACGGAAAUUUAAUAUCUAUGAAGCAAUGGUAAAACGCACCCUUCUAUAUGGAUCAGAGACAUGGAGAAUUUCCGAGAGACAUAAGAAAAGAGUUGAGGCUGUCGAGAUGGAUGCAAUUAGAAGAUCAAUGCGCAUUUCGCGAAGAAAAAUAAUAAGAAACGAUACCAUAAAACAGCGGAUGGGAUUAGAAGGGACAAUAACGCAGGAUAUAGAGAAAAAACAACUUACUUGGUACGGACACGUGGAAAGAAUGUCAAAUACCCGAUGGCCGAAAAGGAUACUCCACUGGUAA